UCAAACAUACAUGAUGGCGUCUUGUGUUGGUGAUUUCUUCGACCAACACUCGUCUUCCUGCUCAAAAAACCGGCUUGUCUAACUCAGACUCUUCAAAAUGACUCUAGCAAGAGGAGAAAGAGAGUGGGCUUUGUUAGUAAGCGAGAGGGAGAAGAAUUGCCACAACUUAUAAGUAAAUGAGAAUUCAUGUCUUCAAUUAUUGGUAGUACAACAUCUGUAAAAAGAAGUUGGAAAGCAAACGACAAGGCCUGAAGAUCUUGAUGGGUGAUUUAGAAUCUUGCCAGAGAGAACGGGACAUCUACAAGAAUAAAAUCAAGCAAAUGCAACAAGAUUUAGACAACUUCAGAAAGAAGGAAAGAGAGCAAGAAAGUAAAGAAAUAAGAGGAGUUAAGUCACCUACUGGACAGCCUUCCAGAUCACCAGAACAUGUUAAGUUCAAGAGAGAAAGGAAGCUUUCAGGCCACAGUAUCUGGGAGCAAGAGCUACAAAGUGUGAGGGAAAGAAAGAACAAGACCCUGUCCCAGCUUCUUUGUGAAGCACGAGAGGAGAACAAAGCCUUGAAGAAUGAUUUCAUGGACCUGCGGGUGUUGUACAGAGAGGCUCAGGAGGAUAUUAUUCUCCUGAGAGAAAAUGUAGCAAGACAGAAAGCUAUUGAGAAAGAUACAGGAAAGAUGGAAGACCUGGAGGCCAGACAAGACCUCAUACAGUGCCUGGAGAAAAACCGGGAAAAGGUAGAUGAACUAGAUAGAGAAGUCAAAGCAAUAACAGAUGAAAAGAAUGAAAUAGCAAUUGAGAGGGAGCACUAUAGAGAAAAAGUUGAAAGACUGAAUACACAGCUCAACUUCAUCCUCGGAGCAGAUGACAGGAGACUUGUAGAUAUUGAUGCCAUUCUUAUGGAGAACAGAUACCAAAAAGAGCAGAUAAAACAGCUAAAGGAAGAACUCAGGAUGGCUAGCGCAUCUCAAGCGAGACAAAAGGCUGCUAUGGAGAAAAAGAAUGCAAGGCUCAUUAAAGCUGGUUAUAAUCACCAUUCAAGUGCAUUUAUGGGUCAUGGUGUUAAACAAGCAUUGCCGUCCCUUAUUUCUGAGAUUUCCAGUAGUUUUGGAGGUGUGUCAUCUUCGACAGUCAAUGAUCUCCAGUCCCUUGCCAAUUCUUUAUCAGAAAGCCUUUCUGAGAAAGAUAUUGCUUUGCUUCAUCAAAGAAAUACCAAUAGAAUUCUGGGACACCGUGUAACUGAACUGGAAAACAAACUAAAGACUCUAGAAGUGUCUGGUCUCUGGUCUCUAGAGGGUCACCGUGGCUAUGGAUCAGAAGAGAUGGCAAACUUACACCUGGAAAAACUAAAAAGAUCUCCUCAUUCUUCAAUGACAGAAGCUGAAAAUACUGCAACAGGUCUCAAUGGCGAAGCGGAAAGCCCUUCUGCAGAAUCUAGUCCAGAUCUUGAGAACAUGGACUCUGUGUUUUUUGCAGGAGGUGGGCGUUUUGAUGAAGAUCAAGAUGAGCUUGUGGAUGUAAGUUCACCAGCUUCAGUAUCAGUARAGGAUGAAGAUUUAGAACACUUUGAGGAAAGGGAGUCUUUGGAUGACGAAGACUUUUGCUAUGGUCAACCAAAACCAGAAGAUCAAAGGUCCAUUAAUGGGGAUUACCAGACAAAGGGGGAUUUCUCUUUAAUACAGGACUCUGCAAAUGGAGAUUCCCCUACAAAAGGGGAUUCCCAAAUACAAGGGGUAUAUAAUGGAACAGAAGAGUUUCAAAUAAGAGGAGAUUCUAUUGUAACUGAAGAUUCCCCUACAAAAGGGGAUUCCCAUGGAACUGAAGAUUUCCUGUUAAAAGGGGAUUCCUAUGUAGCUGAAGUUUCUGAAAUAAGAGAAGAUUCUGAUGUAACCGAAUCUCCCCAACUAGAAGAGGAGACAUCUAUCAAUGGAAUUUCCAGCUCAAAAGAAGAUUCCCUUCCAAAAAGGGAUUCCCAUCUGGCACUAGAUUCCAGCUUGAAAGAAGGAUCUCUUCCAGUAAGUAAUACUGGUUCUUUAGACAAUUCUACUAAGAAAUCUUCACUCAGUGUAGAUGGAAAUGUAUUGAACAAUAAUCUUGAAUCAAUGGAAUAUGAUUCCAGUGAUGAGAAAGAUAUUAAUGAGCUUAAUGAAAGCACAUAUCAUGUUAAAAAUCAUGAUGAACAUGAAAACGAAGAAGUUUCUCCAGACUGGAAGAACCAAGAAGACACAAACAAGAUUUCACAUCCAGCAGAUGAGAUGGAGAAAAAUCAUUCUAACUCUCAAAUGGUUGAAUCUUCAGAUAUAAAAUAAUGUGAAAAUAUGAUGAAAUGGGUAUUUGAGGUUUACAGUAUACAUUAUCCUGUGAUGUACCUUAAGUUCUAAUUUCCCUAUAUAACGAGGUCACAAAAUUCUCUUGCCCAAGGCAAAACUUGGUAAAAAAAUGCUUUGAAUUUUUUUUUGAAUUACUUGCAGGGAUGAAGUAAGAGAAAAAAGUUUGUUAGACUUAACUGAUGGUUAGGUUUGUACAACCCAUAAGAGUAUGGUAGGUUAAACUAGUAGGUAGUACGAAACUUCAACAUGAGAAGCUGGCAACAUAGGCAAUACCUCUUUGUGCCAUCUAGGAUUUUAUCAUAAGUUAUUCGCAAAGCGACAUGAGGAAUGAAGAUAAAGAAAAAAGAUGAUAUUAUGGCUUGGGCAAUAUCCAUGUGAACCAGAUACCAAGGUUAACAAGAAGCUCAGCCCUUUGUGAUACCACCUUUAAAAUCGGUAUUUGCCAGGCAGCAAAAAGAAUGAAGAUGAAGAAACAAGGUGCUUCAUGGCUGGGGAAAUACCCAUGUAAAUCUGAUACCAAGGGACCUGACCAUGAUGCUAUAUUUAAAUCAUUCAAAGCAACAAAAGGAAUGGAAGGUACAGGAAAAAGAUAAUAUUAUAAUAUCAUUAAGAAGGGCAAUAGUUUUCAAUUUAUUUUAAUCAUGCCCAAACCGUUACAGGUGAAUGGAGAAGCAGAAAUGAUUUUCUGGCUCAAAAAAUACCCACAUACGUAAUAAUUUGAACAUACUCUAAGAUAAUCCCUUAGGUAUAUAUAUUUGAACAUUUUAUAAUUGGAACUAGGUCAUUGGGAUGACUGGUUGUAUAUUAUUGGCUCAAUAAAAUAAUGUAUUUCAAGGUAUG